AUGGUGCGAAACAUCGUGGUCCUGGGAGGUAACUCCCAUCCCACUCUCACCGAGACAAUCUGCGAGAUGCUCGGUAUUUCGCCUGGCCAAGCCUUGUUCUCGAAGUUUGCUGUCGGCGAGACUCGAGUCGAGAUCGGAGAAUCGGUCCGCGGGAAAGAUGUCUACAUUGUGCAGUCAGGAGGAGGAAAGGUCAACGAUCAUUUCAUAGAGCUCUGCAUUGCCAUCUCUGCCUGCAAGACCGCCUCUGCAAAGAAGGUCACGGUCGUUCUCCCACUCUUUCCUUAUUCGAGACAAUCGGAUAUCCCCUACAACAAGACUGGCGCACCACUCAUCCGCUCAUCAAGUGUCUACAAACCAAGCACCAAUGGAGAGCAGCAUUUUACUUUCGACAGUACUCCGAGCACCCCUCUCUCAGAGAGGCCUGAGAAGCACGACAAGCAUGAGCUGAACGGCACUUCCAAUGGUGGGCCAGGAAAUCUGCAUCGACCAAUCUCGCGCCCCCAGCUGGAUGAUAUCGGAUCUGGUACUCAGCCUCACCAGAACCGCUACAGCCAUUACCGCGAGUCGAGCACCAAUUCAAACUCCAAAACGGAGCAAUCUAAUGGAUUGCCUAGCCGCAGUCGUGGUAACUCAAGCGCAUCCGUCUCCGGCGUUAACACCCAUGACUUCGCCGUCUCAAAACCCGAAUCACCAGCCGAUGCGUUCAAGCCUAGGCCUGGGUACCGCCAGUGGGUUGCCCAAGCCGGCACAUUGGUGGCAGAUCUCUUGACCUGCGCCGGUGCUGACCACAUCAUCACCAUGGACCUACACGAUCCGCAAUACCAGGGGUUCUUUGACAUUCCUGUGGACAAUCUGUAUGGCCGCCCUCUCUUGAAAAAGUACAUCCAGCACAACAUUCCUGGCUACAGAAAUGCUGUAAUCGUGAGUCCCGAUGCUGGAGGUGCAAAGCGUGCCACUGCUAUAGCGGACUCACUUGGACUGCAGUUCGCUCUGAUCCAUAAGGAACGACGUCCCACCAAGGUAACUGACCGACAAAAUGCUACCAUGAUGCUGGUUGGUGAUGUGGCGGGAAAGACAGCCAUCCUCAUCGACGAUCUAGCCGAUACGAGCAACACAAUCACCCGAGCAGCUAAACUAGUGAAGAAAGAAGGUGCCAGCAAAGUAUAUGCGCUGGUCACUCAUGGUGUUCUCAGCGGCGACGCCAUUGAUCGCAUCAACGCAAGUGCACUUGACAAGGUAGUAGUGACUAAUACCGUGGAUCAACGCGAACAUUGCAAGAGAUGUCCCAAGCUCGAGGUGCUCGAGGUGGGGCACGUCUUUGCAGAGCUGACUUGUCUCCUGGCCAUUCGUCGCGUCCACUACGGCGAGAGCAUCAGUGUUCUGUUUCAGUACGACUAA